CUAAAGGGGCUCGUCACUUAAAGGGUUGUUUAAGUGAACCAGCCGCAGGAUUGUUUCAAUAUGGGAGUUGAUUCGCGUAUGGCAUAUGCCACCCUGGCACAUGCAUCAGCAUCGGAUAACUUACUUUGUGCCAAUUUCAGAUAUCCGGACUCACACGAUGUGGUAAUCGUCAGAGGUAGACAAUUGGUAUUAUAUACCAUGUUGUCAACGUCACAUAACGAGGCAGUGCCAUGCGAACCAAGUCUCUACCAGAAGCAUAGCAAUAUCACCAAUCAAGAUGCACAACGUGAUUUUGGGCGUCAUGUAUCAAAAGAAUCGUUGCGUUUCGUUGCGGAAACAACGCUCAUGGACGCACCAAUCUCAGCCCACGUUAUACCAGACAUUGUAUUCCAUAGCUAUCACAAAGACGAAGAUAGCACAGAAGCUGUGCGAUCCUGCCAAGAUGUUGAUGUAAAUCUGAAUGCUCAUGAUCAUGGUAGUAUCGAUGUCGACAGCGCAGAUACGAAUGAAUCACAAACGAACUCAGAACACAUACACGCAACUAGUGCCUUGUUGUUGGUAUUCAAUAACGGGCGUAUGGUAAUAUCUGGAUUCAAUACACUGCAAAACACUUUUGUCACGCUGUCAUUACACAUUUUUGAUCGAAAGCUUGACCUCAAAGAUAAUGAACAAUAUGCAUCACUGCCACUCAUGGAGAAGCAGCGUAUUACAACAAUCAAAGAAACACACGUCGCAGUUGCACAAGUACAUAAAUGGAAGAUAAUAUCGCAACGAUCCAUAGAUCAAAAACGAUCGCUCAACUUUGGACAUAGUGUUUUAAUCGCACUGUGCCAUAACGAACGUCUAAUUUACCUGGUACAAAUUGGUUCUAUAUUUACCCUGCCACCCUUAGUUACCGAUUAUACACAUAAUCCAUACUCGGAGCAUCAGGAAUCUGGAACGAGACAAACGGAAUCAGAUCAACAUAGCAUUACCAUGGUACCUUGGCUACGAGUAGACAGUGUGAUAGAACUAGAUAUCGACGUAAAAUUAGGAUUCUGUGAUGAUAGAUACUUUCUAAGAGGUUUAGAUUUCGUAAAAAGCUGUAAUAACUGCAUCUUGGGGAUACUUAUGGCAACAAAACCUGAAACUAUAGGAACACACGCAAUGGACGGACCAGAUUACGUAAUAGGAGGAAUGAGCUUUGUGGCAGUCGUCGUAGAUACUAGGACACGAUCAUGUAACGUGAUACACCGAGUUGAUAAACUACCAAUGGAUACUAUAGCAGUAGUGGGAGUGCCAACGUCGGUACACGGAGCACCCAGCUUUAUAUUACGCACAUUGGACUUUUUGUUAUGGACUACUUUAAUGUCACCCACGCUUUGUUGGCAGUUUAUGUCGCCACUUGGAUUGGUAAAUACGCGUUUUGAUGACACAUAUUACAGAGGAUACCAAUAUAAGUUCCUGGAUGCCAUGCACCUUAGCGUUGACUUGCGAGAUUAUGUAAUAAGCACGCUAAACAACAUGUUUAUACUGAUGCCUAGAAAAAGAGGAACCAUGUACAUUGGAAAACCUGUUACCGAUGCUGAAGGAGUCCUACAAAAUAUAUACUGGACUACGUUAGGGGUACUAGACUUUGAAGUAACGUCGUCCCAGUUUGUAACCAUAGAUGAAGCUUUGCAUUUUGUAGCUACAGGAAACGGAGUGGCAAUAGGACGGUUCUUAGCAACCGUGCCACCAGGGUUUAACAAAGGUGUCAUACAAGAUGAUGGACCUGUUGAACUGCGAGAGGUAAACAUACCUGAAAUACCAACAAAAAUUAAAUUCAACAUUACAGCUUCAUACAAAGACUUUAUGGAAUCGACUGAAUGUGGAGUACUAGAACCAAUAUACAUCAUAGGCAACCAAGGAGCUAUUCGCGAUCCAAAAAAUGUUACAUUACCCGAAUUGUGGCAAAUAGGUUGCAUCAAGCCAAGUAGAAGCGGUAUUGAUAAUGACAAAAUACCGCCCAAAGAUCGAAUAACACAGAAAUUUAAACCACAAAGACGACCCUGGGCCGUUAAUGAUAGACAGAUGAUAGAUGUUGCCACUGUUGACUACCAGUGGCCUAAACAACAGUCCAUAGUAGGGCUAUGCGACGAUAGCAAGCUGACAGUGCUCAUGGAGAAGUACCCACUACAUACAGUUAUUUCCGUGCCACUGCAAAGCGGAACGACAAUUUUACCGCUGGAAUAUAACAGCAAUAAAAGAACACAUUUGAAAAGAUACAGUAACAAUGAUACAUAUAUGUUGCUAACCUGCAAUGGGUCAACAGCCUAUGUUAAGCUAAAUGAAGAACUAUUAGAUAUAAAGGCUAAAUGCAGAUCCGAUCGCAAGACACAAGUGCAUCCAGAAGGAUUGGACAGUACUGUGGACACAACCAUCGAAACUGCAGAACAUACAUUGGCAUACGCCACUGUACUAGAUAACACGUAUAUAGUACAGGUAACGCCAACAAAAGCGGUUUUUAUGGAUAUUCUAAACUGUGACCAGGUAUGCACUAUAGACAUGUUGAAGUACAUGUCGGGACACAUACGCUCAGCUGAAAUACUGGAUGAUACCAUAUUGUGCCUCUCAACCAAUGGUAAUGCAUACAUGCUUACAAUUACAAACGAUGCAAAUGGGCCCGCUGUCGACGCUACAAUAAAAAUAGGAAACGACGAUAUAAGCCAUAUAGGGAUAUACAAACCAAAUAGGUUGAACAAUGUAUUCGGAAAUGUAUGCAUAUUACUUUUGACAAACAAUAGCACUCUGCUGUGCUAUCGAAAGGAUACUCUGGAACGUAUAUUUGCACUCAAAGAUCUGAAUCAAGUUUAUCCCCAACUGUUCAAUGAUGAAACUGUACAGAUGAAUAUACAAACGCUGAGACCAAGGAAUGAUACUAAUGUAUCCUCAACAAAAGGUAGGCCACUGCAAGACCAAACGCCUGAUCCCACCGAUGUACACAAAGUAAGUACAAAACAAACGCGGAAGAAGGCUAAAAAGAUGACAGCUGUAAAAUCUGAUGAAACUGACACAAAGUUGAAUGCAGAUUCCAAUGAGAAAUCACAAAAUGUUAAGAAAAGUUGUCAAUAUCUACCAUCGCAGGAAACUAUAGCUGCUACCGUUAGUCGCUGGAAUAAGUUACGCGCACACGAAUCUACAAUGGAGUAUAUUAUAGCCGUACAAAUGCUGGAUAUUGCAGCCACGGAUGUAGGACCAACACUGGUCAUCAUGAUGACAGGGAGGCCUUUGUUGAUAUAUAGGGCAUAUUUGCUGAAUUGUAACGAAUAUGCGUUUCAAAUCAUAUAUCAUAAGUUCGUAAACCCAGUGCCAAGUGCAAUUGUAAAUGUAACGAUACACAACUCACAACAGCACCUAUUUAUGCAAUUGAAUAAAAACCAUUGGAUAAAUAAAUGCAUAAGUAAACCGAUAUUCAAUGGAACUAGUGCCCAGGAUCUUGAAGAAUGUGACUUGAACCAUGCAACAGUAGUAUAUCCACACGUUUCAACUAACGAUGCAAUGUAUUACCUCGUCAACGCUGAAAGCACGGAACUGAGUAUGGGAGCCAAGCCACUGACACGAUCAAGUAUUGCCAACAAUACAGAGAUUAAAGCGGCCGUUGAUGUUAUACAUAAAAGGUGGAAAGAUUUCACCCCGCCAUGCCUGAGACUCACAUCAGUAGCGAAUAAACUCGCAAUCCAUGAAUAUGAAAUGGAAAACGUAUUGGAUAUGGACACUGUACUAGGAGAAGCAGAAGCAAGAAUAGUAUCACUAUUCAGCAUAGUAAACCACGAGAGAGCCUAUUCACGAUAUGUUGUAUUCAUGACACUGCCAGGAACCAUGGUACUCUGUGUCCCAGGAGCGUUGCAACAAAAUACUAAUAUCAAUCGUGAUAUAAGCCUGCAGCAAAUAGUAGCAGGCUCUGAUGACCCAGAAUACCUACCUGCAAAACGACAACUGGAAACUACAUACAACCCCUUAUUCUGUGCAUUGCAAUCAGAAGAUGAACUCACGUUAAAUGCCAAACUUAGUUGUGAGAGACUUAGUGAACAUGCUGGAGGACUGGAAUUUAAUGAUGAAUUUAUAUCACAAAAAGUAAAAUUGGGUGAUAUGAGAGGUAAACUAGUCGCAGUGUCACAUAAAAACUACUAUCUCACUAACGGAGUAAUACGAGCGAAUCGAAAUGCCACCAUUGCUACCCUACCUGUUGGAAAAGAUAUGCAACACGUAAUGUGCGGGAGACUAGUGGCAUUAGUAAUACAAAGACCAGUUCCAGUAAAAGAAGAGUUGGUUACAGUACUUAAUGAACGUAUCAACCUGCAACUAAGACAACUUGAAACAGAACAAUUACCAACAGGAACGAAACCUACGGAUAUAGUUGAACCCAAUAAACAGAUAUGCAACUUAAUACAAACUUUAGGACUAAUGCCAGAGCAACCAGAUAAAACGCAACCCUUGUGGAGAGAUACAGUUCUGGUACUGCAUAUGGGAAACCUGCAGUACUGGGUUGGAGAGUAUGAAGUAGAACCCAUGGAAUCCGUACUAUCAAUGACUUUCGGAAUUAUAGGAAAUAGAGAGUAUCUACUCAUUGGAACAUGCACAAAUUUAGGAGAAAACGUAGAAUCUAAAGGUGAUGUUGUGGUUAUCGACCUGCAAUCAAUGUUCCAGAAACAACCAGAGAACGGAAAUGUAACAGGUGACCACAAUGAUGCCGUAAUGAGACGAUCAGUAAAUUGUGCUGUACUCAACCAAUAUUGUAAAAGAAUUUUCCCAGGACCGGUAACAUACCUCACGUCACUUAAUACAGACUUCGAUCUUAUAUUCCGACCAAAUUUCAAAUUCCAAGAAGAUGUGGCAAACAUUGGCAAAUCUGACAGUGUAAUGAUAUACGGAAAUGAAGAAAGUGGGAGAUGGACUGUGACACACUUUGCACCUAAUUUCAGCUUGUUUGUACAUGCAGUAGGUCCAAGGCUUUUCGUACACGAAGUAGCCGGAAAACAGUUUGUGAGAGGAGCUUUUGCCGAAAUACCGCUAUGCGUCUCAUCGGCAUGUGUAUUUGACAAGUACGUCCUGGCAUGUGACAUUAAUCAAGGAUUGCACUUCUUUAUGUACAGAUACGAUGCACUAAAUGACUCUAGAACGUUGUGUAAAAUAGGAGCCACCGUCAAGAAAGUUGACCUAUCAGUAGUCUCAUGCGCACCAGUGGUUAAUACCAAUGCUCUUGGACUACUAGCUAGUGAUUACUUCGCUAAUGUGAUACUAUUCAAAAAUGAAAGCGAGGCUGGAGGGCGAGAUACACUCGUAGUCACAGCAGCAGUGCGCCUGCCUACAAGGGUAACACAUUUCAUACGCAGAGAACAGGAUUUCCGAUAUAUUUCACCAUUAUCAGGAAGCAUGGGUUUCUGCGCCGAUGGAAGUGUGAUACUAGUAGUGAUUCCUGAGUCACAACCGUUCCAAUUCUUCAAAACGGUGCAAACAACGAUGGAGGCAUCUAUACCACCCCCUUUGGGAGUGCCGCGUAAUGAAAUACCAUUCUUUACCUCACAAAUGGCUCAAACACAGCAUAUGUGGCCAGGAGAUGAAGCCAUACUACACUUGGACCUCUUAAAACAACUUCCCUUCCAAACAACUAAAAUAGUGACGAACAUCACGUCACGGCUUUCAGAAGAAGGAACACUACUCCCAUACCAACUGCUGAACGCACUUUACACUAGCUUGCUAUCAUUAUAAAAUCAAAAGAACACCCAAUAAUGAUAGAUCUGACUUCAGAACAAUGUGCC